CUCCCUCCCCCCUCUGCCGCUCCCCUGAGCCCCGCCAGACCCCGCUCCGCCCGCGCCCCGCUCGACUCCGGAGGCUCCCGCAGCCCCGGCGUCCGCCCCGCUGCCCCUCCCCGGGGGCCAUGGGGGUGCCCCCGGGCUACCGGCCUUCGGCUUGGGUACAUCUCCUCCACCAGCUGCCCCGCGCCGACUUCCAGCUCCGCCCGGUGCCUAGCGGUUUCGCGCCCCAAGAGCAGGAAUACCAGCAGGCCCUGUUGCUGGUGGCGGCCUUGGCAGGCCUGGGCUUGGGCCUUAGCCUCAUUUUCAUCGCUGUCUACCUCAUCCGCUUCUGCUGCUGCCGCCCCCCAGAACCCCCAGGGGCCAAGAGCCCCCCGCCUGGGGGAGGCUGUGUCACUUGGAGUUGCAUUGCUGCCCUUCUCAUCGGCUGCGCCAGCAUUGGCAUCGGUUUCUACGGUAACAGCGAGACCAGUGAUGGGGUGUCCCAGCUCAGCUCAGCCCUGCUGCAUGCCAACCACACACUUAGUGCCAUUGAUCACCUGGUGCUGGAGACAGUGGAGAGGCUGGGUGAGGCGGUGAGGACAGAGCUGACCACGUUGGAGGAGGUGCUUGAGCAGCGCACAGAGCUGGUGGCAGCUGCUCGUGCAGCCCGGAGGCAGGCAGAGGCUGUGGCCCAGCAGCUGCAGGGGCUGGCCUUCUGGCAAGGCGUGCCUCUGAGCCCCCUGCAGGUGGCCGAAGAGGUGUCCUUCGUGGAGGAGUACAGGUGGCUGGCCUAUGUCCUCCUGCUGCUCCUGGAGCUCCUGGUCUGCCUCUUCACCCUCCUGGGCCUGGCGAAACAGAGCAAGUGGCUGGUGAUUGUGAUGACGGUGAUGAGUCUCCUGGUUCUCGUCCUAAGCUGGGGUUCCAUGGGUCUGGAGGCAGCUACAGCGGUGGGCCUCAGUGACUUCUGCUCCAAUCCGGACACCUAUGUUCUGAACCUGACCCAGGAGGAGACAGGACUCAGCUCAGACAUCCUGAGCUAUUAUUUUCUCUGCAACCAGGCCGUGUCCAACCCCUUUCAACAGAGGCUGACUCUGUCCCAGAGAGCUCUGGCCAACAUCCACUCCCAGCUGCAGGGCCUAGAGCGAGAAGCUGUUCCACAGUUCCCUUCAGCGCAGAAGUCUCUGUUGUCCUUGGAGGAGACGCUGAAUGUGACAGAAGGAAAUCUCCACCAGUUGGUGGCGCUGCUUCACUGUCGCAGCCUGCACAAGGACUAUGGCACAGCCCUGCGUGGCCUGUGCGAAGAUGCCCUGGAGGGCCUGCUCUUCCUGCUGCUCUUUUCCUUGCUGUCUGCAGGGGCCCUGGCCACAGCCCUCUGCAGCCUGCCCCGUGCCUGGGCCCUCUUCCCGCCCAGUGACGACUAUGACGACACAGAUGAUGAUGACCCUUUCAACCCUCAGGAAUCCAAGCGCUUUGUGCAGUGGCAGUCGUCUAUCUGAGCCUCUCCUCCCGCCCACCCUGGAGCCUGCCUCCCCUCUCCGGUGAGCUCCAGAGAAACACCCCAGCACCCACAGCCCAGCUUCUGUCCUCCUCACCACACCCCAAGGUGCUCCAGGCAUCAGAGCGUCAGUUGUGAGCUGCCUGCUAGGCGUGCCACACCCUGGUGGCCCUCCAGCCUGCAUCAGUGCCCUGUCUCUGCAUCUCUCUGCAGUUCCUUCUCUGGCUGCCGGAGGAGACCCCACUAACUCAGCCUGACUGGGCUCUGAUCACUAACACUGGCCAUGGACACCUUGUGCAAGACUGCCUCUCUGCCCUGGCCCCGUCUAUCCAUAGCCAUGGGAGUAGCUAAGCAGGCAGACCAGGGACCAGGGCUGGCAGGGUAGGGGGCAGACAGAUAGCCCCACAGCCCUUAUCUCUGGCUGCCAGUCCCAUCCGUGGAGGGUCUGAGCUUGGGGCAAGGGACAUGAGUCGCCCCUGUUGCUCCUGCCAUGCCCCAGUGGGCUCCAGGCCCCUGAUCUCAACUUGUGGCACUAACUUGGAAAAGGGUUGAUUUACAAUAAAAGGGAAGACUUUAUUUUACAAGCA